AGAGUUCGCAAGUGACAAGGGAGCAGUGGAAACAACGACGCGGUUCAUAAAUUGACAAAGGUUGGGUGGCGGAGGCACACAAGCAGCGGGUUGUGCUUACUACCCUCCGCAUGAGUAAGCAUCAUCAACUAUUUUGGAGAGACAAAUUUGUUCAGUUUACAAAUGAAAUCCAUGUUUGCUUUUAGUGGCUUCAAUGGCUUUGGCCAGUUCGGCCACAAUCGUCAGCGAAGCGGAAACGCUUUUACAGAUAUCUGUUUAAAAAAGUUAAUGACCGAACAACAAAGUACUUCGCUUAUAGCAGUCAGUUGGAGUUACGCUGCCUACGCCACAGAAAAUAAGCUCGUGCUGCGUGGCUUUUUAUCUAGUAAACCCAAUACCACAAUAUGCGUACAAACUGCAGAGAUCAUUACACAAUUGGCUGCUUGUGAUAGAUUCUGUCUGGUGCUAUGUAAAAAUGGUAAACUAUUUAAAAUUCGCCCUGAAAUAGAAGCGAAACUGGAAGAGGUGAAGCUUGAAAUUGAAGUGCAUUCGUUUACCCAAAAACGUUCGAUUUUCGGCGAACCGAAGUCAACAGUAAAUAAAGAAGAAUGCUUUAUCGUCACCCACAUCGCGUGCGGCUCUAAUAUCACAGCGGCUGUUAGUGCGACAAAUGCAGUCUAUAGCGUGCCCAGCAAAAUUCAUCAAUUUGCAAAGCACUUUCGCGUGCGACAAUUGAUAUGUGGGUUCGAACAUGCACUGCUGCUUAGCGCCAACGGUGAUAUCUAUAGUUGGGGCAACGGAUUUCGAGGGCAAUUGGGACAGGAUGUGUUGCGUGUGGAAGAGGUGCCGAUGCUGAUAGAAGCGCUAGCAGGAAUUAAAGUAGCUAUCAUUGAAAUGUUCCAGUCUCGU